UCGUCCGCCUGUUGCAGCCGUGCCACGGCGUAGCGUCGCACCGUCGGGUUGGUAAAUUGCGAGGAUAGCAGCUCCAGCGAGUCCUCCACAUCCAUGGGCCUCCACUUGCCCAGAAGCUCCAGCGCCUGCUUGGCCUCCUGGGGCAAGUCCCAGUUGACACACUUGAGGAACUUAGUCAGAGCCUGCAGCCACAAGAGCAAUGUUCACAAGACGGUAAAUCACGCUCGUACACACAGAAGAAGAGUGGGGACGCUGCAAACCUUUUCCUGCAUCGUGAGGUAGUAUCUGAACUUCCACACCAGGUCCUGCUCCUCAGAGCUCAGCAGUUUGGUGGGAGGGUAGCUCACAAUGAUCUGUAGAUGCAUGGACACACACACGACAGACAUGCAAGGCGUGCCUAAUCAUUUCAUGAGUUGAUGAAUACACGUAAAACCAGUCUCUGACGUUGAGCUGGUCACGCGUCGCGGCAUUGGGCUUCAGGUCGUGAUCAGAGGGUCCACUGCGGAGGCUGCGAGCCAGUUUGUGAUGCUUGCUCUCCACCAGGUUCUCCUGCGGGAAAAAACAAUUGUGAAAUCUACCACUUAUCUACAAAGAAAUGUGUAUGUGUCCUGCUCACCAUCCCCAUCUGUGGGUCAGGAACUUUAACAAUUUCACAGCUGGUGGGCAAGGGCGACGCAUCAUCUCCAUCCUGAAACAAACAAUGCAUUAAUCUGCCUCCGUAUAGUGCACAGUUGCAGUCAGAAAUGUACAUAUACUCAUCAUGGGAAUUAAUGUCAUAUCAAUUUUGACCCUAAUUAUUUAUUUGAACCUUUUUAAAAUCAAGAAUUGGGUGCACAUGUUUGAAUUGAAUUAGAGUUUUCUCAAUUUACGUUGGGUCAAAAUUGUACAUACAGGCUCUAAUAGAAUACAGUAGAAUACAGAAUACAGUACAUACACCCCCCGCUAAUGCCCUAUAGCAAGUUUCACCUCGACCAGACACUUUUUGCAGCCAUCAACAAGCUUCUGGCAUAUGUCAGGCUGGAUAUUUGACCACUCGCUUUUUAGAGUCCAUAUAAAAGUUUCAGCAAUCAACGUGCUGAUUUGAGGUGUGUGCUACCAAACACAAUAAGUUAACGAAGGUGACUGUUUGUACAUUAUAUCAAAAAAGCCCAACAGAGGAUGCACUUCCUGUGGCAGCUGAAGAAGUUCAGCCUGCCGGCGAAGAUGAUGGUGUACUUUUACACCUCCAUCGCUGAGUCUACCCUCACCUCCUCCAUGUGGUUCGCUGCAGCUACUGCCAAACGCAAGGGCAGACUGCAGCGUAUCAUCCACUCAAUCGGCCUUCCCGCCAGGGCCUGUACGUCUUAUAAAUAUCUCAAUAUAUAUGCACCCUCAAUAUCCCUGAAAAUAGUGCUAUGAAUCUAUAUUUCUUAUUUAACUCCAUCAAUAGCUCCUCUGUGGCUGUUUUGCACUGCCACUGUGGCUGUCAUUUUUAUAGUUUUUAUAUUUAUAUUUGUAUCCUCCACUUCUAAUUCUUUCUAUACUUAUUGUUGCACCAACCCACCAGAACAAAUUCACAAAUUGUGUAAACUAUACCUGGCAAUAAACCUGUUUCAGAUGCCGAUUCUGACAUAUUUGACCCUGUGUAAAUAGAAUAAAUUGAUCAUUAAUAAAUAAAUUCAGAGUUGGGCACCCAAUUCUUUUUUUUUCCUUUUUUUUAAAUCACUGAAGAAGUAUGUUGUAUUAUCAUUACAUCCUAGAAAAAAAAUGCUCAAAUAAAUAAUUUUUGUCCCUUAACUCACUGUCUCACUGUCGCCGUCAUAUGUACUUAAAACUAACAGAAUGUGAACUCACCUUUUCAUAGUAGACAAUGCUGUACUCUUUGUCAUUUGUUUUAACUCGAGGAAACUCCACCAUGAGGUACAUGAAGUUGGAGCUGCGUUUCUCGCUCUAGUAAAAAAAAAAAAACAACAAAAAAAAAAACCUUGUAGAAUCUGUGUUGUUUUUUUAGUGACCAAUGAAUCAUCUAACCUCAUUGAUCAUCUCGAUCUCUCUGAAGGUUAAGCGGUCCAGCCAGUCCACCUUCACCAUGUGACCCUGCCGAUGGGCCUUGGUCAGCUGUGUGGAAACGAGACCACUGAGGGGGUGAUGUCAUCUUCAGGGGGGUCAGAUCAGCUCUGGCAGAAGCUACGGAGGAACAUCUGCCACGCAAAUACAUUCAUUUGUCCAUCAGUGCUGUCAGGUGAAGGCCUUUGUUGAUGCUUGAUUGACAACAGCCUGGACUAAAAAGCAUAGUGAGGCACUGAUUAUUGGUGAAUCGGGAAUAACUUUCCUUCUUUUUCCCUUCACUUGGUCAUCACAUUAAUGUGUCAGUGCUUCUAUCGCUUUAGUGGUUGAUGCCAAGACUCCUCUAGUAAGGGGGGGUGAAACAUCUGGACAUAUAAAUGGGCCUGCAAUGGGAAAAAGGACAAGCAGAAGUGAAGUACGAUGGAGCUUUUGGGACUUUACUGGGUGCUCAAGGUGGCCGGGUGUCUUCUCCUGUGGACAAGUGGCUCUCCUGCUGCCCCCAUGGAGUGUCACUUCAACUCUAAAGCGCUGUGUGUGUUUGAGGGGCGACACUAUGCACUGGGUGAAACGUGGAUGGACGACACCUGCAUGCAGUGCACCUGUCUGCAGCCGGUGGGUGUCGGCUGCUGUGCCACGGUACAACGACCGGUGGAUUUCCCCGCAUGGUGUGAAGUGCGAGUGGAGCCAGUCACCUGCAAAGUGUCCCUUGUCCUCACCGCCGACAGACGCCUGCCCUGCAUACCGGGCGAGCACAUGAGGGACCCCAGUCAUGGAUCACAGAACCAGCUGGAGGCAUAGCACCAGCAUCUACAGUAACUGGCUUCUGUGAAAACCACACUAAAAUGUCAGUGACCAUCUUUAUUUCAUUUUAAUAAUUUUUCAUAAUAGCCAAUGUGUAACACAGAAUGACACAUUUUAAAAAGUCUAUGAUAUUGGUUCACUAUUAUCUAAAAUAGCCUCUUGCAGUCAUCCUUGUAAAUAGCAAAACUAUGCAUACAAUAAUAUAUUAACAUUUUUUCUGCUAUAACUGACUUAGUUAUGUCAAAAAACACAUCACAUGACGUGUUAUUCACAGUUUUAAUUAGCAAGUAUUUACAUACAAUGUUUAUCUGGAAUGGGAAAGUAAUUGUGUGUGCUGUUGGGAUUUUGAAUUUACAAAGUUUCAUUAAACAUACAUAUAUG